UUGGUGUUUCCCAGAAAAAGACCCCCGACACGCCGGGCGGCGCUUUCUCGGCAACCACGGGCGCACGAGCAUCCCAGCAGCGGAAAGGCCACGACGAGAGUUCACCACCACCCAUCGGCCAGCAACUUUAAUGUCGCCCACCCGUGCCAUUCUUCUCUUCUCGUAGCCUCAGCCCCGCCGCGGCGCGCCUCUCUUCUUAUCAAUUGCAGAAGCUUAGCCUUCUUCCAUUCUUUGUGCCGCAUUCACCUUGGACCGCAGUGCUAUUGGAGCUGGAAUAGCGGGUCUCAGACAGCGGUUGUGCAACCAUGCUGUUCGCAAGGCCGUGGACGAGCUUGUGCCUGCUGGCGGGGAGCUUGGUGGGCGUGAGGGCGCUGGGGUUGAGCGAGCACCCUGAUAUUAAGGCUAUUUCUCUACGGACGCACAGCCUCGAGCCCCCAUACCUCGACUCAGACAUGCAAAGCCGCUGGUGGGACUUUGGCGGGGACACCAUCAUUCGCACCGACAAGUACAUCCGACUCGCCUCCGACAAGCCCUCGCGCGACGGCUGGAUAUUCUCUCGCGUACCGCUAACCGCCACAAACUGGGAGAUUCUGGUCGAGUUCAAGAUCCACGGCCAAGGCAACCUCUACGGCGACGGCAUGGCCAUGUGGCUCACCAAGCAGCGCGCUACCCCCGGACCUGUCUUCGGUGCCACAGACAACUUCGAGGGUCUCGGCGUCUUCUUCGAUACGUACAAGAACAACCGGCCCGGCACCGUCUUUCCCUAUAUCAUGGCUAUGAGCGGCGAUGGGAAGACGCCGUAUGACAAGGACAAUGACGGCAAGGCGAAUGAGGUUGCCGGGUGUAGUGCCCGCGGUAUCCGCAACGCCCAAAUCCCCACCAAAGCCCGCUUCACCUACUUCCAAGACCAAUCGCUCAAGCUCGACCUGCAGUACAAAUCCGAAGACGAAUGGACCAACUGCUUCGAAAUCGUGAACUUCAAAGUCCCGCCCGUCGCAUACCUAGGCUUCUCCGCCGAGACCGGCGAGCUCUCCGACAACCACGACAUCGUCUCCGUCAAGACGCAGAACCUGUACAUGAGGAGCGGAGGUGGGUCCUCCGCGGGCAGCACGGGGAAGGCUGGGAGCACGACGUACAAGCCUCAGGCGCCGAAGAGCAGCAGCAGCUGGACCUGGUUCUUUAUGAAGUUUGUGCUGUUUGGACUGGCGGUUACGGGUGCGUAUGUGGGGUUCACGAUUUAUCGGGCGAGGCAGAGGGACCGGUUCUAAGUUGUGCUCGGG